CCGCUCUGUUCAUAUUAUCUUGCUUGAUUGGCGCAUUAAUCUCCGCCUUUGGAAAUUCGGUCCUUCAAUAAUCAAAACCCCGAUCACUCCGGCGGGAGCAAUCCUCUCGGUCCGUUGAAGAAGGCAUUCGUCUCCACUGUACCAGGUUCCGGUUGGCUUCAUCUUUCCACAGUUGUCGUCUGACAUUUCCCGAGCAGAGUCUACAUAAGGAGAUCAAUCUAUGAGCUGCUUUAGCUGUUUUAAGGGAGUUGAUUUCAAUCCGAUUUCUGAUGGGGUAGACCAGCAUCCAUUGAAAAGAUCAGCGCGUAAAGAUAGAACUCAUCACAACAAAGAGGCAGCAGCUUGUGGUGUUGAAGCUGUGAAACCUAAGCUUAUUGCAGUCCCCGCAAUUCCCAUUGAUGAACUUAGGGAGAUCACAGAUAAUUUUGGGAACGCGACUUUAAUAGGAGAAGGUUCAUAUGGAAGAGUGUAUUAUGGAGACCUCAAAACUGGGAGGGCUGCUGCAAUUAAAAAUUUAGAUUCAAGCAAACAACCUGAAGAUGAAUUUUUGGCGGAGGUUUCCUUGGUUUCAAGGUUAAAGCAUGAAAAUUUUGUCGAGUUACUGGGCUAUUGUAUUGAUGGAAAACAACGUGUUCUGGCCUAUGAAUUUGCAUCCAAUGGAUCACUUCAUGAUAUUCUUCAUGGGAGGAAGGGUGUAAAAGGAGCACAGCCUGGCCCUGUGCUUUCCUGGACACAACGAGUUAAGAUUGCUGUAGGAGCAGCUAAAGGCCUUGAAUAUCUACAUGAAAAGGCUGAAGUUGAAUUUGUGCAUCGAGAUAUCAAAUCCAGCAAUGUACUAAUAUUUGAUGAUUAUAUAGCUAAAAUUGCUGAUUUUGAUCCAUCCAAUCAGUCUCCUGAAAUGGCGGCACGUCUUCACUCAACUCGUGUUCUUGGCACAUUUGGCUAUCAUGCUCCUGAAUAUGCAAUGACUGGGCAGCUAAAUGCAAAGUGUGAUGUGUACAGUUUUGGUGUUGUGCUCCUUGAACUGCUCACAGGGCGUAAACCAGUUGAUCAGACCCAACCCAGAGGCCAACAAAGUCUUGUUACAUGGGCUACUCCAAAACUCAGUGAAGACAAGGUUCGACAAUGUGUGGAUGCAAGACUGGCAGGGGAGUAUCCCCCCAAGGCAAUUGGAAAAUUUGCAGCUGUUGCUUCAUUGUGUGUGCAAUAUGAACCAGAGUUUAGGCCAAACAUGGGCAUUGUGGUGAAGGCACUCCAGCCUCUUCUGAAUACACGGCCUGGAAUUGGUGGUGAAGCUGGAAACGCGUGGUGAUUGUGUCCUCUUAGCCAAAGGAAAGGAAGCCCUCAUUUCGUACUUUCUGAAGAUUCUUUGUCUGGUCUUUCAAGUUUCUAGGCACAUCAUUGACCAGAGAGGUCCAGAUGCAUUGCUCCAAUUUUGGGCACGUUUUAGCGUACAUGAUGCAGUUGGGACAUGACACUUUCCGGCAGUUAUUACUGUUCCUUUUUAAAGUCAAAUGCUAACUAGUGUCCUUACUCCUUAAGUCCUUGGGGUGUAACUUAAGAUGAUUAAACAGGAAGAGUUAUUAUUAAAAUGCAAAUCAAAUGCAGUGAAAUAUAUACUUCGUAAUUUCGUAAAUAUUAGCACUGUGCCAUGAUAUUCA